GGUAACGUCGGUAAAUUCGUGGAAACGCUCUGUUUGUACUUUGCCAUAAAAACUAAAAAAAAUCAAUUCGAAGCGACGCGCUAUUGUAGACUGUUUAAAGUUCAUUAUCGCGAUGGGAGACCUGUGUACUCAGUAAUCGUCGUUUCUACCUUUGUAUAACCACGUACACUCACGUGGAGUCUUUCAGUUACCUGAAGGAAGUGAGCGCUUGAUCGACGUUGAUCUAAUCCGAUUUAAUGCGGUGACGUCAGCGACGAAGUCGUCGCUAUUAAGAGAUUUUCUUACCGUCGAUGAAUUCGGUGCCCCGCUUUCAAGUCUGGUGGUUACGGAAACGGCUUGUGGGAGAUAUCAGGUUGCAAUCACUUGAAAUACUAAGCACAUACUGAAUGUUAAGAGUUUGGUGAAGAACAAAACCUGGAAAAUCUGAACACCAGCACCUGACAGCGUUAUCUGCUCGAACAACUCAACCGAACAAGAGAUCCAUCAGCAGCUAUAACUGUGGCACACAUUCGUUCCGUGUGAACCUCGUUCGGAUGGAAGAGAGCCGUUAUCUCUGCUCAUGCUCAAAGAUUGAGCUCAACACGACAUAGAAGGAAUUAGUUUGGCGUAAACAAGCGUCUGUUUUCACUUGGGAAAGUGAACAGGGACCUACUUUUCCGUGAUGACUUGUCAUCGCAAUAAAGCGCACCUGCGCAGUGAACUGGAACCUACUGGUUACGAUUGCCAGUCAGUAUGCAGCUGUAAGAUCGGACACAAGUGGAGCAUGCGGAUCGCAAGUAAGGACAUGCGACGGCAUUCAGAUAUUGACACUAUGGAUCUAAGUAAGACUUCAAGUCGAGAUUGCUGUGAACUGAUAUACCGUAAAAAACUGAAGCUUAGGCGACGGAGAUUUGAACUGCCGACAGCGCCGCAAUUUUAUAUAUAUUCUACUUUGCUCUUGAUUUUAUUUAUUAGCGUCAUUUCUUCGGAUGCGUACGUCAUUGAACACGAGGGUCCAACUCAAUCACACCUUUACAGAAGACUUGCAGGUAAGGAGAGGCGGGAAUAUCAACGUCAGAUCUUAUCUUUGCUGGGACUCAAUCAUCGUCCUCGACCCGCCAAUCAAAGCUACCAAGUUCGCACCUCUGCGCCACUGUACAUGCUUGGUCUAUACAACUCGGCGUCAGGCGGGGUUGCUGAAAGACCGAUAGGUCACACCCAAGCGGAAAUCGAUCCCACGAGAAACCAGUUGGAAGGUGCAACGGACUUGGGCGGUGGCGUGGGAUUCGAUCGCUAUUCGCUUAACCGAAGGACGAUGCCAAAUGGGGUUUUCAGGGGCGGAGUAUCGACCACUUUAAACCGAUACUUAGAGGAAGGUAGGAUUUUUAACGAAGUCGGAAUUUUCGAAGAGAAUUCGGACCAGAGUCGGCAACCACAAAGUUUUCAUGCGACAGGAGGGCCGUACAACAGCUUGGCUACGAACCAGGUUGAAAAGAGGUUGUUGGACGACUCUGAUCUCGUCAUGAGUUUUGUGAACACAAAGCAACCGAGAGGUGUCGAUGAUGAGACGUUCUCGUCCAGAGAGUUGCGGAGAAUUUUGAUUCGUCACCGAUCUUUUUAUUUCGAGAUGCGUCACGUGGGAGAGAACGAGCGACUCUCAGCGGCCAAAUUCCGUCUCUACAAAGAGAGAAGCGAGUAUGGAACAAGCAACCAAACACUGAGAGUCAACGUGUACCAAGCAAUGCCGGAUGCUCGGGGAAGACCAACUGUUUAUCUGCUUGGCACCCGAUUGGUUGGGACUUCAGAGGAAGGAUGGUUGGUUUAUGACGUCACAAGCGCUGUACGCGACUGGAUCAUUACUGGAACUAACGUGGGCUUAAAAGUCACCGUUGAAACCCUAGACGGUUCUUACUUGAAGCCGCAGAAAGUUGGAGUUGUGGGCAGGAAGGGAGAGGCUGCAAAACAAGCUUUUCUCGUCGCCUUCUUCGCACAGGGAGAAGACUCUCAGCGUGAACAAAUAACCAGGAGGUUCAGGAGAAGUCCUCCGGAUGCAGAAGAGGCGGAAGAAGACGAAGAGGAGGAUGACUGGGAAGAUGAAUCAGCUCCGGGGGAUUCAGAAAAUACGCACACAAACGACACAAACAAUCAAACCUGGAGAGCCCCAGGUUCUGCUGCUUCGGAAGUUGUGUACGACAGGGGGACGCGUUCGGACAUUACAAGCAACACUGUUCCCGGAAAUGACGAUGCACCGGAGAGAGAGAGAACGAUGUGGAGAAGAAAGGCGAGAAGACGAAAGAAAAAAAAUCGUUCCAAGAAGAAAAAAACGCCAUCCAGACGAAAAAAAUCCGAACCUUGCCAUAGAAAAAUAUUCAAUGUCCGUUUUAAAGAUAUUGGCUGGGAGGACUGGUUGAUUGCGCCACAACACUACGCGGCUUACAGGUGCUCAGGUGCUUGCGCAUUCCCUCUUAAUCACCACACGAACGCUACAAAUCAUGCCAUUAUUCAGUCGAUGGUUAGCACAAUGAUUAGGACAGCCUCAGUACCUAUGCCAUGUUGUACACCCACCGAACUACUUAGUCUUGAUUUUCUGUAUUUUGACGAGAACGAGAAUGUAAUGUACCGAAGGUUCAAAGACAUGGUUGUCGUGUCAUGCGGGUGCAACUGAUCAUUCAACCAACACGAGUCAAAUAUAUGAUGAAAUUAGUUCCACCAGAAGACGCACCGGUUCCAGUGAUCUUAUUACAAGACCACACUUCAACCCAGCAAUAACAAUGCGCCGAUGCCUGAAAGGAAAUUUUGGUGACGUAAAUUAUGAUUGAUUUAACGUCAUUUAAAGGCAGAUAUGACCAGUGUACCUUUUCUUUCGUGCCUUCUCAUUUACUGCUCGGCUGCUUUUACCCGUGUGAAGUUUUAAUAAAAGGGCAGUAUACACAA